AUGUAUGAACAAAAACUUGAAGCCAAACGUAAGCGGCGCGCUGAAAAGUCUGAAAAUAUAGCUCCAAAUCAGCAGGAUGUGCAAAACGAAGAACAUACCGAGCACAAUGAGGCUUUAUAUGACCAGACACCAAAUGAAUCUGAGAAUAUAACAGAUGUCGACAACACCGAAGAACAUCAAAUGCGUGAUGUUGAAUACGACGAUUACUCGUACGGGCAUAUCGAAUUUGAUGAUGCUAGUGAGAUUACUGAUACCACAUGCACCAGCCCGGGCUACACGGCAAAUGGCCAAGACAAGGAGAUAAAGGAGAACGUCACAGAAGGUGACUUUGACCCUAGUCUUUUACAAGAACUGGGGAUUGUAGAAGCGGAUCCCAUUGAGUUCGGUGAUGACUUGCAGGUUGACGUAGCGGCAAGAUUCCAAAAAAUUUUGUUGGAAGGACUUAAAAAAGAAAAGAAAGAAGAACUUUUGAAAAAAUAUCCAUUUCCCAAAAACGUUCCUCUAGCAAAAAGCCCGUCUCUAAACCCGGAAAUUGGAGCCAUGCUGGCCGAAGCAUGCAAGCUGAGAGACAAAAGGCUGCUCACGAAGCAGGACCAGCUUGGCAAAGCGCUUUCAGCGCUAGGCAAGGCGCUAACUGGCCUUUUGAAACGAACUCCGGAUAUCCCAGAUAUUAUUCGGACACUCAAUGAUGCGGGCAUUAUGUUAGCUGAUUCCCAUUAUGUUGAAACUGAUACCCGCCGCUCAGUCAUUAUGCCUCUCUCUCUCUCUCUUUAG